AUGGGAAAAACAACAAUAACCCUAAUUGUCAAGCUCUUCGCAAUUCAUCUAUUCACAAGUGGAGUUACUGAAUAUAUGAACCCAAGUUUCCUCUGUCAGAAAUGUGAUGCACAGAAGUUUUGUGAUUGCUCUUCUGCUAAAUUACUGACAGUGCCUAGUAUACCCCUAAAGGACAUGCUGGGACUCAAUCUUUCAUUAAACGAUAUUGAAGUUAUCAAGAAGACAGACUUCAAGACCUGCAUUAAACUCAAAGUACUGAGUUUACAACACAACCGUAUUCAUUCUAUUGACAACGAGGCAUUUACCUUUCUGACAGCUCUGGUGCACUUGGACUUGUCUUACAACCACCUUGUCAACUUGUCAGCUAGUUGGUUUGGGCAGCUUUGUGCAUUAGAGCACCUGAACCUCUUGGGUAAUGACUACCUUACUUUAGGUCAUGGGCGGCUCCUUCAAAACCUCACUAGGUUAAGAAGCUUGAAAUUUGGAAAUCCAUCCUUUCGUUCUAUACAGAAAGAUGACUUUGUGGGAAUCAAGAUACUCAAUGAGCUGGUCUUGUACGGUAAUCGACUGAAGAAUUAUGAAGUAGGUAGUUUCAAGUUAAUCGAACAGAUCAGUCAUGUUCUCCUUAGUCUGCACGAUCUAUUUAAGCAGGAUUCAAAUCAAGUAAAAAACAUUCUAAACGAUCUCUCGAACUCCAGCAUUUACCUUGAACUGAGGGAUUUAAUACUGGACGUGAGUGAGGAAACUGAGGUGUUCUCAGCAGUCUCUCAGAAAACCAUCAAGAAAUUAAUCUUUAAGAACAUCACUCUUAAUGAUAGAUCAAUGGUAAAAUUCCUUAAAGUGAUUGACAACGCCAGAAUCCUACAUGUAGAAAUUGAAGAUUGUCAGCUUUUAGGAACUGGUCGGUGGUACAACGCUAGUGAUGUACAGCUUGAUACCCUGCAUACCUUGACAAUUAAAAACAUAACCAUUAUCUCCUUCUACAUGUUCAGUUCCCUUUCUUAUUUAGCAAAGCUCCUGGACCCAUUAGAAAGACUAACUGUCAUUAACAGCAAAGUGUUCUUGAUACCUUGUCCAACUUCUAGGCACUUAAAAAAUCUGGAGUAUCUGGAUCUUAGUGGAAAUUUGCUUACUGAUAAUGCCAUGACAGAAACUGCAUGUCAUGGUGAUGGCUCAUGGCGAUCCCUUCAAGUUAUGAAUAUCAGCAAGAAUUCCCUGAAGUUUCUUGGCCCUCUCAGCCAGCUGUUCACUAAACUCAACAAGCUAGUUUCCUUAGAUCUCAGCCAGAAUGUCUUUAAAGACAUACCUGAAUUGUGUCAAUGGCCCCCUUCUCUAAAAAAAUUAAACCUCUCCACAUCCCGCAUAAAAAAUUUAACACCAUGCAUUCCAGAUACCAUAGAAAUUCUGGAUGUAAGCAACAAUGAGCUGAAUUUCUUUACAAUUAACCUGCCUUUUCUCAAAGAGAUCUAUGUGUCUAAUAACAAGUUAAUAAGCCUACCUGAUGCAAAAUUAGCUCCUAGCUUAGAAGUGCUCUUUAUUAGCGGAAACAAACUGAACACCUUGUCCAAGGACAAACUGAAAGCAUUCAAGAAGCUUGAUAAUUUGGAGGCAGGUAAUAAUCGGUAUAUGUGUUCCUGUGAAUUUCUUUCAUUCAUGCACCAGGAAGCAGAAAAUAUUGUUAGGUUGGAUGGAUGGCCUGAAAACUAUGUGUGUGAUUCACCCUCUGCAUUUAGAGGAUCACUGGUAAGGGACGCAAGCCCUUCUGUCUUUGAGUGUCAAAGGACAACAGCUAUUUCACUGCUCUGCACAAGUAUUUUUUUUAUAAUUGUCAGCACAGUCAUCCUUUGCAAGAAGCUGCAUGUCAUUUGGUAUAUACAAAUGACUUGGGCAUGGUUAAAGGCCAAAAGGAGACCAACCAACACUAGACAUGAAGAUAUUUGCUACGACGCCUUUAUUUCUUACAGUGAGAUGGACUCAGAGUGGGUGGAGACAUAUUUGGUCCAAGAGUUAGAAAGUUCCCAACCUCCCUUCAAACUUUGCCUUCACAAACGCGACUUUCUACCUGGAAAAUGGAUAAUAGACAACAUAAUCAACUCCAUUGAAAAAAGCCACAAAACUCUAUUUGUUCUCUCGGAGCACUUUGUUCGCAGUGAGUGGUGCAAGUACGAACUGGACUUUAGCCACUUUCGACUCUUUGAUGAGAACAACGACACGGCCAUUCUGAUUCUACUGGAGCCCAUCCGGAAGGAGGACGUGCCAAACAGGUUCUGUAAGCUGCGCAAGUUAAUGAACACACAAACCUACCUUGAGUGGCCCCAGGACGAAGGACAGAGGGCAGUCUUCUGGUUCAACCUCAAAGUGGCACUUAAAAGACAUGAAUUCACUGUUGGUUAA